CGCCCGGACAUGUCUGUUUCCUCACGAGCUGCUGGGACGUGGACACUUUCAGUUUCCCUUUAGGUCCCCGAUAUAUCUGGGCCCCGAGGUGUGGUUAUUGCCCAGACACACACCUGGGCCCACACAGCCAUGAACCCCUGGAUGUGUCUCAGCUCCGAGGACGAUCCCUGGGUGACAGGACCCUGACUGGGCUUGGGAGUGAGCUGGAGUGAGGGGUGAAGCGACAGCUCCUUCUAACUGCAACGCGGACGCAAGUGGUAGGGAAAACUACAGUGACACCAUGACCUCAGGAGCCCGUGGGCUCAGCCCAGAGAGUGAAAGCCUUCUCGAGGAGGCCAUUGAGACUUUCCUGAACACAGUGAGGCGUGAGGAACUAGACGCCCUGCUGAGUGACCAUGAAUCCUGGGAGAGAUUUGUGGCUGAGGCCACUUUGUCCAGGGAGGAGGCAGAAGCCCUUCGUGAACGUCUGAACGAGCUGCAAAGAACGAUGGAUCUGGAGGCCAAAGAGCAGGAGGCUAGGGAGAGGUUUCUGCAUCAGUUUCCUGAGUUGAAACUCAAGCUUGAGGAGCGCAUAAGAAAGCUCCACGAGCUCGCAGAUGAGGUGGACAGGGUACACCGGGACUGCACCAUCGCCAGCAUAGUAGCCCGCUCCACUGGUGUUGUGUCUGGUGUCCUGAGCAUCCUUGGUCUGGGUCUGGCUCCUGUGACAGCAGGGGCCAGUCUGGCACUCUUGGCCACUGGAAUGGGGCUGGGAGCAGCAGCCACUGUGACCCAGGUGACUACCAGCCUCGUGGAAGACUCAAGUGAGUCGUCCGCAAAAGCCGAAGCCAGUCACCUGACAUCAACUGAUUUUGACAAAGGGGAGGUCAUUGCAAAGGUUCUGCAUGACCGCAUACCCCAAAUUUAUUCCUUAACAGAUACAUGUUUUAGAGCCCUGCAAAACAUUGCAAAGAAUGUUCGUGCCAUCAAGCUAGCCAAAGUCAAACCUCGCCUUGUAGUCAAUGCCAGGCGCCUUAUGACAUCUCAGAGAAUCUCAGUUCGAGGUGGCCGGCAGGUGCAGAAAGCUUUUGGAGGCACUGCUCUGGCAAUGACCAAAGGAGCCCGGAUCACGGGUGCGGCCACUGCAGGUCUCUUCCUUGCAAUGGAUGUGGUCAGCCUCGUGAAAGACUCAGAGCACUUGCAAAAGGGCGCAAAGACAGAGUCAGCUGAAGACAUAAGGCAGCAGGCCCGGGAGCUGGAGAGCAAGCUGAAGAAGAAGCUCAGCGAGAUCUAUGAAAUUCUGAAGGAGGGCCCGACUCUGUGAUCCCCGAGCAGGGCCGGGAGCAGGGACAUGUGUGGGACAAUGACAUGGAGGUGCCUUAUUAGAGGGGGGAAAAAUGCAAAAUGAAGCUUUUGUGCUGGGGUGUUGAGCAGUUUGGCAUUUUUGGCAUUUCUGAAGCUGAGCCCAGUGAGGGAGGGGUUAUUGCAGUUGGCAGAAGGGUAGGGGGGAAUGUUUAGCAAGUUGUUGGUGCUCUUUGGGUUCAGGGUACACUGAGCGACCAGUGAAAUUCCAACGAUAAUCUAAAGGGUGUUGGAACAAUGGCUGAUUUGGGGAAAAAAAAAAAGUGGUGGUGGAAGCGGGGAAAUAGAGAAGAGAUAGCGGAGGCCAGCCACAAGUCAAGGAACCUGGCCAUAUGUCGAGGAGAUCAACCAGCUCGGGGGCCAGGAGACGCCGCCUCUCUGAGCCUGAGUCCUCAUCGCUUGGUUGGCGGGGAGUGUAUUGAAGAUCUGUGUGGCUUUCUCAAUCCUGUCUUCUAUCGCCUGCUUCAAUAAAUAUGGACUGAUGCAUUGUG